GUGACUUUCGUGUUGCCACCUAACCACACAAGUGUAACGCCGCUUCUAACAAAUUUUGACGGUUGUGUCGUAUUCCAUAUCUCCAGCUGGUGUCGGAUCGUUUCCAGUGUUUGCAUCAUAAUUUUUUUUUCGGUCUGGCGCCCCGACCGUAAGUGCCAGCCCUUGGUGAACACCUGACGUCACGUUCCACUAUCAUCGUCCCUUGCUUCAUUUCACUUCGUUUGGCGAACCAUCAUUCGAGCUUGUACGACACUAUCUGGCCUAUGAAGUAUCUAUCUAGAUAUCUCUCGAUACACGAUGGACUUAUUCCUUUACACCUCCGGGAAGUGAAAACGGUUUGGUUUGCUACCAAGUCGCCGCCAUCGCAAAUCUUCUAUCUCUUGGCGGAGUUCUACACAACACAUACCUAUCUUCAUUCAGCCUCUUUACACAUGAGAACGCGGGUAUGAAUAUUCCAGGGUACUACUACGAUUCCGAGAAGCGCCGCUAUUUCAAGGUUGAGAAUAGUAAGACCGCGCCUGCCAAUGCUGUCUGGUCCUCCGACACUGUGAAACGGCGGAAGCUUCGCGAACAGGAAACCGUAGCCGCCGUGCGGCACUCGAACCUCGCCAAGAGCCGGAUCAAGCGGGCAAGGGUGCUUCAUGAUCCGUUGACGGGCGGCUUCUUCGCUCGUGAGUAUGGCGCCGUGAAAGAUGACAUGCAAGCCGCCUGCUUUGCCGAUGGCUUGAGACACAAAGGCGCCCUUCAGUUACUGCCGCUGGCCGCCUGGAAUGACCGUAGGGACUCGUUUAUCAGCCGUAUGCUCAUAACCGGCUAUGACUAUAAGACUGGGCUGUGUAAUCUGUACGCAGCCUACCAAGAGAACCGAUUUCUUGCCACCUACUUAGUGCGAGAUAAGAACGGGUUCCUCGAUCGGAGUGUUCUAGCCAACUAUCGCUUCUCAACGUCUGUGCCCGAUAUGCAAUACCAGUCAGUAGCGUCGCAAAUCUCAGAUAUCAAGUACCAUGAACCCAGCAACUCUAUUCUCGUGGCGGCAAAUGGACCUCCCGAGCACAGCAAUAUCAGUUCUGUGCAGAAGUGUUCGCCCGUCAUUGACGCUGGAAACGAAGACUCUCGACGUCCACUCUGGCUUGUCCCCUCACCCUUUGAACCUUUGACGAUAGGGAGAGACGGUAGAAGUGGCAAGCUUCGUUACAAUGACUACGGGUCGAAUUGUGUUGCACCUGCGCCGGCAUCUUCAUCGUUGGUGUGCGCGGUCGGUACGAGCCAAGGAAUCGUACAGUGGGACAGUAACUUCUCAUGCUCUGUCCCAACCAAGCUCGAACCACAUAACAGAUUAUUUAACGACGUGUUCGCCAUUGAUUUCCAUCCGAACCACGGAGAAGUCUUCCGAUUCGGCGGGCGACCGGGAGUACUAUUUACUGCCGACACACGCACACCAUCCACUGCAUGGUCUUAUGUCAAGCUCCCUUCCACUAUCACGCACCUCAGGUGUCUUAACGGCGGGAAUCAGGUCCUUGUAGCUGGGCUGGAAAACUGUCUUGGAGUAUAUGACCUGCGAUUCUCGCCCUCGCAGCGUGUGGGCAGCCACGACGGUGAUGACGGUGACAGUGUUGGAAAUAGCAAUGGAAAUGGAAACAAACGCAACAAUGGCUAUAACCGUCCUAACAAGUCUCGCUGGCGCCGUACUGGUGGUAAUACUACAGAAAAAUCGUGGCAAAAGCCUAAAGUCAACCCAGUCAUAAGAUUCGAACAUUACCACAAUGCCGCACAUAUCGAAAUCGGCUUCGCAUACGAUGCGCCCACAGGCAUCGUAGCGGCCGCUCACGACGACGACCUAGACAUAAUCGCGCUCUACUCCGUACGCACCGGUUCGCGCCUCCGCGAGCUCGAACUCAACGUACAUGCGUGCAACAAGCUGUCGAGCUAUGGAUAUCGGCCAGGACCGCAAUACCCCACGCCAAGAAACACGCGUGUUGUCCAGAGCCUGCAGUUCGCGACUUUCCCCGGCGACCGCACGCCUACACUCUUCGCCGGCAGCGGACCGGAAACAGGCAUCACCGCGUUCUCGUUCAACGAUGAUUCGGCGGAUGAGAGGUACAUCCGUCGGAAAUUCGAGGACACCCGCCGGGUGAUUCUCUCGUAAAGCUUCUAAAACAUAGAUAUAAGCCCGGGGGCAGAUUAGAGGGAAGGUAAACCAAAUGAGGAAGGAAGAGGGAGGAUUAGAUUAGGGGAAUAUAUCAAAUGCUGGAAAAGGGUAAGAGGGGCUAUCUAUCCACUUGAGAUUUGCUAAAUACCCAUAGACAGGUAAGUAAGGAAUAAUUAAUGAUACCAAAAUCUUCGAUGAUAAUACCUGCCAACUAUGAGGCAGGCGCGGAAGAAACGUGAUUACUACCCCCGUCUGCACCUCUUCUUGAUUCGAUGCGUCUCGUGAGCAUGUAUCACAUUACUUAUGCAUCUGGUCGUGUGUUUAUUUGUCUCUUCGUCAUAUCACAUGUAUACACGGCGACAUGUAUUUCACAAUUUCUCUCCUCUCUCUCUCUCUCUCACACACACACAC